AACGGUUAAACUUCGGAGUCAACUUCUGACUUUCAGACAGACUCGAAGAUCCUCUCCAGGCGUCCCUUCGCGGCACGCUAAGUUGCGCCACCACCGACAGCAGCCCCCUCCCCUUCCCUUAACCUGCGCACCGUCUCGCCGGACGAGAUGGCGACCGGCGGCGAGGUCCUGGAGAAGCUCGAAGGCCUCACCCGCGACGCCGCCCGCCACCAGCUGGAGACUCUCCGGUCGAUCCUCGAGCGCAACGGCGAAGCAAGUUAUCUCCGCCCCUUCCUCGGCGGCCAUCCCGCGCCGGAAAUCGAUGUGGCCACUUUCCGGCGCGAAGUCCCUCUGACUAGCUAUGACGACUACGCCGAUCACAUCAAUCGGAUGGCCGACGGGUUAGUCGACGGCGGCGACCCGAUCCUGUGUGUUGAUCCUCUCGUCUGUUUCUUCUACAGCUCGGGAACAAGUUCCACGAGGCCAAAGCUGAUACCUUUCUUUGAUUCGCCUCUGUCGAGAGCGGCUUCAUUCAUAGCUCACCAGGGGAGUGCUGCAGUACUUGGGAGGUUGUUCCCCCCGAGGCCAUUGACGACCAAGAGUCUCUUGUUUGUUUAUGCUGGUAAUGUCACUCAUACCAAGGGUGGUUUCAAGGCAAUAGCAGCGUCGGCGUACCCGUUGCAUUAUAACAAAACAAGCUUGUCGCAGUUUCUGUCUGCUUCCAUUAGUCCGCGAGAGGUCAUUCUGGGAUCGGAUGUCCAAUGCCAGAUGUACUGCCACCUUCUUUGUGGCCUUAGACACUUCGAUUCUAUCGACAGUAUCCGAGCGCCAUAUGCCGUUGGUUUAGUUACUGCAUUUUGCCUUCUGAAGGAAAAAUGGGAGAUGCUCUGUGAGGACAUAGAAAAGGGGGUCCUGAGUUGGGAAACCUCCGACAUGGCGAUGAAGGAUUCCGUCAACGAGGUUCUUGGAGGGCCUCAGAGGGAUCUGGCUGAAAGAAUUAGGUCGAUCUGCAAAGAGAAUUCAUGGGAUGGGAUUCUGAUUAAGCUAUGGCCAAAUCUUAGGUACGUCAAGUGCGUAACGACGGGGAGUAUGAUGCAUUAUUACCCGAAACUCAAGAGCUAUGCGGGAAAAGUUCCAAUAUUAGGUGGAGACUACUUCGCCUCUGAAUGCACCAUGGGCAUUAACUUGGAGCCGACACAACCUCCCGAGAAGACCCGGUUUGUCAUGCUUCCAACAGGGGCCUAUUUCGAGUUUCUCCCCUUUGAUUCUAAUGAAAACAGUGUUGCUGACAGGGAAAUCGUGGAUGUCUCGGGCGUCAAGGUCGGGAAGGUCUAUGAAGUAGUCGCUACUACUUACAGAGGAUUUUAUAGGUACCGGCUGGGCGACAUAGUCAAAGUGACAGGGUUUUACAACUCAUCUCCUGAGCUGGAGUACGUGAUGAGAGCUCCUAAAUCUUCUUCCGAGGUAGUAACUGAGAGGGACUUGAUAUCCGUGGUCGAAAAGACACGAGUCCUGCUUGAAGAUGUCUUAGAGGCGGAAGUCACAGAGUACGCUAGUUUCUUGGACUUAAACUUGAGCCCCAAGCAAUUGAAGGUUUAUAUAGAAGUCAAAGGCGUCUCAUUCGAAGACAAAUUGAAGGACAGUAUAAUCGAUCUUACAGGGUGCUGUGCAUCGCUGGAGGACGACUUCGGAGGCCUCUACAAGGUGCACAGAGAAAGAGGCGAACUCGGGCCUCUGUUGGUGUACAUUGUAACUCCCGGAAGCUUUGAUAGGUUAUUGCAGAUCGCAACCGAGAAGGGAGCGCCCGCUAGUCAGUAUAAACAUCCCAAGAUUAUCAGGAACCGCGAAGUUUCUGAUUUCCUGGAAGGAGCUGCUCUUGCUACUCUGCGUUCAGAUUCAAAGGAUGUCUGAAAAUCAUCCUAUAUUUGGGUCGAGUCUCAACUUGCCUCUCUGGAUCAUUGUACUUCUUCGAGUAAUUUGCAUGCUUUCUGAUCGGUGAUCUCGCUGGCCCCCUCUAUGAUGGAUUUGGGUCAAUUACAACCAUUGAUCAUGUGCACAUUGCAUUAGUCUCGCAAAAUAAAAAAUUCAUGAUUGUGUCUGACCAUGAAUCGCGGUCGAACCAAGUGUUUCCCGAUUCCCACCAUGUCGGAAAUGGUUCUAGACCUAUUUCAGGUGAAUGUGGAUUUCAAUAUGGAGAUAUGAUACAAAUUGUAUUUCUUGUUUACGUCCUAAAUGCACGACCAUACUGUAAUUAUCCCCAUAAAAUUGUUAUGUAGAAUAUGUAUAACAUCUUAUGAUCAAAAUUUCUAUAGUUCUCCGAAAA